CAUCAAACAGCCAAUGAAGUUGUGGUGGAAUACAGCCAGAAGAAAGUUGAUCCUGAGGGACACUUCAACAUGACAAGGGACAAAAUCGAUGGCGUGAGAGAGAAACUUUAUGACCUCCAGAGUAACUCCAGGGAUGCAGGGGAGCUGAGCAGCUCAGCCCUCAAUCUACUGCAACAACUAAACAACAGCUUGUCAGCGAAUGCCAUGAACACCAUCAACAAAACAGUUGAUAAAAUCUCUCGGAUGAUUUCAAUGGCAAGAAUAAUGCUUGAAGAUAUUUACGCCAACGACGAUGAACUCAAGCAGCUUUCAACUAAACUGAGCGAGAAGGUGUCACAGCUGAGCGAUUUCUUUGAUGACCUGGAAAGCUUCAUUGAUGAACCUGUGGACGAAGCUCAUGAAAACGUCGGCAAGGCUAUACAGCACAGUGAAGAGAUACAAAGGGAGAUUCAGAGUUUGGACAGUAUUUAUGUCAAUACAAAAUCAGCAUCCGAUACCUCUGUGAAGGCUGCAAACUCUUACAAGAACAUCAUCAUGUCCAUUGAAGACGCGACAGCGGCAGCCAAUGAUGCACUCAAUGUCUCGCAGAUUUCUCAUGAUAUGUCCCAGGGAGUUGGUGAAAAUUCUAUGAUCUCCAAAUGGACCAGCUUGGAAAUUAAGAUGAACGCUAGUGCUGCUUAUGACAUCACAACUCAAGAUUUGGCCAGCCAGUUGCAGAGUGUGCAGUCCCUUGGAGACAGGGUUGAAAAAUUAAACAAAGAAAUACAGGUCAAGCUGGAGCAAUUUCAAGACCUACAUCAUGAUAACUACACCGCAUCUGCACAUGCCAUUGCAAUGGAGGCCAUGGAAACAAGUGACAAAGCAAGUGAGGUGCUCAUAAAAGCCAAUAGCAUCCGUCCUGAGGAUAAAAGUUUGAUGUCGUCCAUCCCACUUCACCAUUCGGACACCAACGAAUCUGUGACAAACGGUUUGAAACAGGUGGAUCGGGCCCGUCAGCUACUUCCAAACAUCACAUCCAUGAUUCAAUACAUUCUUGACAAGAAAGACGCAGCUUUGUCCCGGGCACAUAAUGCAUCACUUGAUAUGAAAGAGCUCCGGAAGAAGAUUGAGCUGGCGAGGUCACAGGCAAAUCAAAUCCUCGUGGGGCUCAAGUUCUCAGACUCUGCCGUCCGACUGCGCAACCCUCCUCAAGUUGACUCCUCCGGCUCCUACACCAAAGUCUCCAUGCAUGUUAAGACCUAUGCCAGGAAUGGCCUCUUAACCUAUAUCGGAGGACCGAAACAUGAAGUGCAGACCCAGGAUUAUCUGUCCCUGGAGGUGGCAAAUGGCCGAGUUAUGCUCAGGUUCGAUCUUGGUUCUGGGCCAGGAAUUGUCUAUCAUCCGAAACAGAUUGAUGAUGGUGAAUGGCAUUACAUUGAGGCUGAGAGGAUUGGUGCAGUCGGCUCCCUGAAGGUGGUCACCGAUGGAGAGGAUGUGAUCAAAAUGAACGGGACGUCUGGAGGAACAAACUCUGUGCUGCUGCUUCGGAAACAUGAGACCUACUUCUUCGUGGGAGGUUUCCCUGAAUCUGUGACGCUCCCAGAUGACAUCACCAAAACCCGAUUCGUAGGGGCAAUGGAGAGAUACGUCUACAAUGACUAUCCCAUGGGCCUUUGGGAUUUUGUCAGUGCUGAGAAUAACUACGAUGGAGUUACCGCUCGGUUGAUCAAACGGAAGACAUUCGACGGCUACAGGUUUGAUGGAGACAGCUACUUUGAGCUGAAAGCGACACACAAUGUACAGAAACGGUUUGACAUUAGCCUCUCUUUCAACACAUUCAAACCAAACGGACUGCUGCUGCUUAUGUACGACACAAAGUCACAGGAUUUUGCCUCCAUUGACAUGCGAGACGGUCAUAUUGUGUACCAGUAUGACUUGGGGGGUGGACGAGCGUUUAUCGCAACUAAAGAACGUUAUAAUGAUGGCAAAUGGCACCAGGUCCAAAUACGACGACAUUUCCAAGAAGGACACCUCAGUAUGGAUUCUGGAACAGCAACAUAUUUGGAGAAAUCUCCAGGAAACCUGAAAAUGUUAGCUGUAAAGAAACUCUUCAUUGGAGGUUAUACUGAUUAUCUAGACAUGCCGAGGAGCAAUUUAUCAAAUUUUGGUUUCAAUGGCUGUAUAAAGAGCCUACAGUUUAACACAGACAGCACAGGGUUUGAAAACAGAAUUCUGGCUCACAAAGUUAUUCCAGGUUGUCCAGAACAGGUAAGCCAUCACUUUAUUGAAGAUUUGUUCGCACAGUCUCCUUCUGAUGAGAGGCGGUACCUGGCCAUAUCCGUCUCAUCUGGUCACAUCACAGUAAUACGAGACGAAGGACCAGAGGUGAAGAGUAAGAUCGGUAACUACAACGAUGGCAGCUGGCAUUACAUCUCUGUGGUGAAGGACGGCCAGGAACUGACACUGAACAUCAACGACGUCGAUAUGGCUGUCGGCCUUGCCACAACAGGACUGGACACAGAUGUACAGCUGUACUUUGGUGGCAUACCUGAAGAUAUUAGCCUCCCUGGAGGUGUACCAGAUGUUCAGUUCUAUGGUUGUAUAGAGGAUGUUACUAUAAAUGGCCUAUUCUUUAAUUUUGCCACAGCCAAACACAGUGCUGGUGUGAGAGUAAACAUCUGUCCCCUGGAUAUAUCAACCACAGUCCCCUCAACAUCAGUCGUUCCAGCCACACCACCACCCACGUUACCUCCAGGACAGUGUGCCCUGCCCAAAGUUCCCGCUGCAGCAGAUUCAUAUUCAGCAUCAGGGCACAGAUUCGGGGCCACGUCUAAUGCCAGUCGAUGGGAAGUCUACAUUCGCAACAAGAACAACAGAAAACAUAAUUUUUUCCCUUUUCAGAACAUGAAUCUACAGUUUAUUGGAUGUUUGAAGAACAUUAAAGCCAACAAGAAAAAGAUAACAGAAGACCAGACUAAAUCCUUCAACGCGGAACCUUGUUCUGGUAUGGCAGAGUUUGGUACAUUCUUCACAGAUGGAUAUGUCAAACUUUAUGACAAGUACCAUGUUGGUACUGACCUCAAGGUCAUGAUGGAGGUCAAGCCAAGGUCAAUGUCCGGUGUCCUGUUUGCUGUCCACGGAAAAGAGGAUUUCAUGUUGUUGCAGAUCGUUGAUGGAGUGGUUCAGCUGUCCUUUGACAAUGGGAAUGGUAUUAUUUCAACAGUCAGUCAACCGAAACAAAAUAAUCAGAUCUGUAACGGUCAGUGGCAUCGGAUUAAAGUGGUGAAGUCCAAAACAUUAGCCAUCCUAGAAGUGGACAGUAUAAAGUUCCCCAUUGGCAAGGGUAAAGUAGGGGCCUCUUCUGCAGAUACCAAUCAUCCCCUCUACAUUGGUGGAGUCCCAGCUGGAGUUACCUGGAAGGGUGUUGAAGCCACUAGUCCGUACGUAGGCUGCAUACGCAACGUGAAGCUGAAAGAUAAAACCCAUGCACUGGCAGCAGGGGAACCAUCGGGAGACCUCAAGUUUGGGUUCUGUCCCACGAUAUAGGAACGACACUGCGGACAGAGAUACAAUGAAGCGGAAAAAAGAAGAAAACAAGAUAAAUGAAAUGAGAAAAAAAAAAGAAGAAAAAAAAUGACGACGAAAAAGAAAUGAAAUAAGAUGAAUAAAAAAUAAUAAUGAAAGAUAGAAAAAAAUGCAAAGCUAGGAAAAGUUCAAAGAUCCAAAAAAAAAAAUGCAAAGCUAGGAAGAAAAAAAAAGGGAAAAGAAUAAAAAUAAUUAAGAGCAAAGUAUAACAAUG